AUGCUGCGCGCCGUCAACUCGGCCCACGACCUGGGCACCGCGAUCCGCCGCCAGGGCCAGCCUUGCGCCGCCGACGCGUCCCUGUACGGCUCCUCCGGGGCGCUGCACCACCAGCACCAACUGCUCCACCAGCUGCAGCACCAGCUGCACAAGCUGCAGCGCCAGCAGCACCUGCAGCUCUCCGGCGCAGCCAAGGCCCCGCGGACGUCGUCCACGUCGUCCCGGUCGCCGUCCGCCGCCUCCAACGGCGCGUGGCGGGUCUCGGGGGGCAGCCCGCAGUCGCCUGAGCCGGCGGCGUCCCAGCGGCAGGCUUCACCGGUCGCCUCGUCGCCGGCCGUGCAGCCCGGCCCCAUCGCCGUGCACUCGAGCCAGGUGUCGCUCGUGAGCCGCGGCGCCGGCCCCGCCAGCACGCAGUGCCAGUGCGUGUGCCACCACUGCGGGGACCACGCCAGGCGCGCCGGCCAGGGCAGCGAGCCGGGCUCCUUCUACGAGGACGGCCGGCCGAUGACACCCGAAGGGCUGUCGUGGCGCCGACUGCACAUGAGCCGAGCCAAGCUCAAGGCCACGGCCACCACCUCGGAGCUGCUCUCCGGCUUCGCGAUGGUGGCGAUGGUGGAGCUGCAGAUCAACGAGCCCACGCAGGUGCCCGAGUGGCUGUUCGUGCUGUUUGCAGUGUGCACCACGGUGCUCGUGGCCGUGCACAUCUUUGCCCUCAUGAUCAGCACGUACCUGUUGCCCAACAUCGACGCCAUCAGCAAGCUUCAGGUGUCUGGGCUGGUGAGCGAGAGCCCCCACGAGCGGAUGCGCGGCUUCGUGGAGCUGGCCUGGGCCUUCUCCACCGUGCUGGGGCUCUUCCUGUUCCUGGUCGAGGUGGCCAUCCUGUGUUGGGUCAAGUUCUGGGACUACUCGUUCACGGCGGCCAUCGCCGCCACCGUCAUCGUCAUCCCGGUGCUCGUCGUGUUCGUCGUCUUCGUCGUGCACUUCUACCACAGCCUGGUGGUGUACAAGUGCGACGCCUCGCUCAGCGACAUGGAGCAGCUCGAGGCCACGCUCAAGAAGCUGGACAAGGGCAGCCCGGUCUGACCCUUUUCAGACCUGUUGAUUCGACAGGUCGGCCGGUCGGUGGCACGUUCAGUUCCAUGUCGAUUAUACGACAGUGGUACUGCCCUCGAGUCAAGACUUUUCAGUGUGGUGUUGCUGUGCAUAAGACUGAAAUAUCUUCCACUUGCUGGCUGCGCACUUCGUUGCAACGCGGUGCGGCAGUCGUUGUUUCUUGUAUGUGAUACAAAGGUCUAGGCUGAUGUUAUGUAGUAUUUUGUUAAUAAUGUUUUAAAUGUGUGAAAAUGCUGGUCGUGUAAAUAGGUGUUGCUGGCAGCACUGAAAUUUAAUUAUGUAACUGGGUGUGACGAGUAUUAUAUUAAAAGUGUCACUUUCAACGCGUGUAAAUUUGCGUCAGUAACACAUGAGAUGCAAUAAAACUGUACCAGAGUGAAUAUAAUAA